AUGGAUUGUAUGCCACUCGAUGCAUCGAAGGAAGUACCCCAUAAUAAACUGGAAAUAUCCAAAAUAAGCUUUGGAGCCGGCGUAUUUAGUGGUAGAUAUAAUUCACUUGAAGAAAAUUGGCCUCUGGAAGCAGUGCGAAGAGCUUUGGAGCUGGGAAUAAACUGCUUUGAUACUAGUCCCUACUAUAACAACAGCGAAUUGAUUCUUGGCGAUGCUCUUGAAAAAUUAAAGAAUGAAUAUCCUCGUUCACACUAUUAUUUAUCCACCAAGUGUGGCAGAUAUGGACACACGAAAAGUGACUUUAAUUAUUCUCCGAAACGGGUCGAAGAGAGUGUUAUAGAGAGUUGUCGUCGACUCAAGACGACAUAUUUGGAUAUUGUGUUGGCUCAUGACGUUGAAUUUGUGAGUGUGGACGAGGCGACCAAAGCUAUUGAAAAGUUGUUUGAGCUAAAGGCGAAUGGCAUAAUAAAACAUGUAGGAAUAAGUGGCUAUCCACUAGAAGUCCUACUACAUAUUACCGAAAUACAAUACGCCAAAUCCCAGCCUCUAGACGUCAUAUUGUCGUACUCUCAUUACACACUCCAAAGCACUUUGUUCGCGGACUAUAUCGGUAGAUUCCGCGCCCUCGGAGUGAAGACCCUCAUCAAUGGUUCUCCGCUGAGUAUGGGUCUGUUUCGCAGUUCUCCCCCUCCCAAAUGGCAUCCUGCUUCAACCGAGUUGCGCAAAGCAGCGGCUGAAUGUGCAGAAUUAGCCAAGAGACAUAAUUUGUCUAUUGCGAGGCUUGCUCUACAGUUUGCAUUUCAGUGGAAAGAUGUUGACAGCACGAUGAUCGGAUUAUCAAACAAAGAGGAAGUUGAGUAUGCUAUCGAUGCGUGGAACGAAGUAAAAGCACGGGAGAAGGGCGAGAAGACUAUACCCGUCACUGAAGUCGAUGUGUUGAAGGAGAUUACAAGACUAUUAGAACCCUAUUAUAAUAUCAGUUGGCCAUCACCGUGA